UCUUGGAGGGACCCGCUUGGACUGUGUGUGAUCAUGAUCUUUUUUUUGGUGUGCCCUCCCUUUUUGUGUUUACUCUUGACUUUUUCAUCAUCAGAAUUGAUUGAAUCAUCAAUCGUGGUUUAAAUCAAUCAAGCGCGGUUCAUUUUCGUACCGCGAUUCGGCACUUGUAUCCCUGUGCUGAUCACGACUCCAUCGCGACAAGUACUCCGUCCAAGCUCAUCGCAAACUCAUCAAAACAUCGCAGCGACCAUGGGCGAAGCCGACAAUUACUACAAUCCGAACCAACAGCCGCCGUACGGCUACUCCAACGGCGGCGGCUAUCAGCAACAAUACCAACCUCAACCUCCCCCCGCGACACACCAGCAACAAUACCAACAACCGCCUCCUCCCCAGCAGCAGCCCUACCCUCCCCAGAAUGGCAACGGCUACAUGCCCGCCCAAGGCUACGGCGGCAACGAAAAGGCCUCGUUCGAAGAGCAGUUCAAGAUUCCCAAGCCAAAGUGGAACGAUCUCUGGGCCGGUAUUCUCUUCAUCCUCUUCAUGGCCGGCUACGUCGUCGUCUCUGGCAUAGCACUCCAGGGAUACGCUGCGAAUAAGGGCAACGCUGGAUCGGGGAUUUAUGGUAAUAAGAAUGACUUUUCGCUGAACACGAGUACGGUUAUUUUGUUCAUGUUUGUCCUCGCUGUUGCGUUUGUGCUUUCGUAUGCGUACGUUUGGAUGGCGCGGUUGUUUCCGAAGCAGUUUAUCUGGGUCACUGGUAUUCUCAAUGUCUGCUGGGCUCUUGGAACAGCUAUCUUUUACCUCUGGCGCAGAUACUGGUCUGCUGGAAUUGUGUUCCUCAUCUUUGGACUUUUCAUGGCUUUUUGCUUCUGGACGUGGAUUUCACGAAUUCCCUUUUCGGCGCUGAUGCUUCGAACUACCAUCGACGUUAGCAAGAAGUAUGGUCAUGUCUAUCUCACCAGUUUGAUUGGAGGCAUCAUCGCCACGGCCAUGUCAGCUUGGUUCUCAAUCACUCUUGUCGCAAUCUACAUCAAGUAUCAGCCUGCGGACGAUAACCCCUCUUGCGCUGAUGGCGGCUGCGGCAAAGGCAAGGUCAUCGGCCUGAUCGUCUUCAUCACGUUCACCAUGUACUGGUUCUCCGAGUGGCUCAAGAAUACUAUCCACACCACAAUUGCUGGCGUCUAUGGCUCUUGGUACUUCAACCCUCACAACUUCCCCAAGGACGCCACCCGCGCUUCUGCCAAGCGAGCCUUGACCUACAGUUUCGGUUCCAUCGCCUUGGGUAGCUUGCUAGUUGCCAUUAUUCAGUUUGUCCGUCAGAUCUGCCAAGCCGCUCGUAACCAGGAGGCCGCUGAUGGCAGUAUGUUGGGAUACGCUUUGUUCUGUUGCAUUGGCUGCCUCCUUGGUAUUUUGGAGUGGGCUGUUGAGUUCAUCAACAGAUAUGCUUUCUGCCACAUUGCGCUUUACGGCAAGGCUUACUUUGCGGCUGCCAAGGAUACAUGGAAGAUGAUUAAGGAUCGCGGAAUUGACGCUCUGAUCAACGACUGCCUCAUCGGACCCGUCCUUUCAUUCGGCGGCCUCUUCAUCGCCUACGCUUGCGGCCUCCUGGCCUACCUGUACCUCUACUUCACCGACCCCCCUUACAACAGCGACGGCCAAUACACAGCAGUCGUCAUGGCAUUCGCUUUCCUUAUCGGUUUCCAGAUCGCUAACAUCUUCACCACCCCGAUUUCGAGCGGUGUCGAGACAAUCUUUGUUGCUGCUGGUUGGGAUCCUCAGGUCAUGUGGCGCGACCACCCUGAGCUUUACCAGGAGAUGUGCAGAGUGUACCCCAAGGUUCAGCAGGUCAUUCACGACCGAUAAGCUGGUCAUGCAUCUUCAUAUCAUCAGGAUCGCCCUGAGUAAGCUGAAGCGGACUACUGCUUUAGCUGAAAUGGCGAAUAUGUAUGACGAAUGAUAGCAUCAACAGCUUAGGCUUGUGCUUCAGGACUGGGGCACUCUUACGAUUGACUGAUUGGCUGGCUGCUUGUCUUGAAUGAUACCAUAAAGGAUACUGGAGGAUUCAUUGUGUAUUGUGCACGAUGAAAACUGUCUUUUGUUUCGUGCCGCUGUUUUACACCACGGAGAAUACUUAAUGCCACAGGAUAAUAAAUAAUUACUCUUUCUGUACCUCAACUGCUACCAUUGGUUCUCUAAAUCUGCAGGUGAUAUUAAGCGGCAGUAAUCUGUGAGAGCGCAGCUGACGUGUUUGCAUAAAGUGUAUGCAGAUAAUCAAUCUGACUUGAGCUACCGAUUGUGAGGGGCUAAAAUUGCAGUGAAAGUUAUGGAUGGCCUCCGACGUCACCAACGAGCAAGCAAUGACAAUUUCCAGAGAUUCGAAGCGCAAUCUGGAAGUCAGCAGUUACCCAAAGCAUUUUUGAAGUACAGCCCAAGAUCAGAGGGUUCCCGAGUUGUUUUCGCAGGUUGGCUUGUGUGAUCCAUCAAGCUUGGCCGCAAACCAACUGGUGUGAGUCGACAUCUCCAGCAUCAACACCCACUACGCCGCGCACUCUCAUGGAUACAAGGUCCUUUUGAAUCUUACAUCAAGCAACCAAACAGUAAGUGCCAAGAAUAGACCAGAGCCUAUCGGACCUGUGCCUGUAACAGCACAAGGGAAUAAGUCAGUUCAUGCAUGCCCUCGCGGGAAGAUCUCCCGGAUCUUAUUUCCCUAUCACGAUCCUAGCUAGGUCCAAGCUGAAGUGUUAGUAUUACACAACUCGAUCGCCAAAGAAUUUGUCAGGUAAACUGUGGUGAGACGUCUGGGGGAGGGAAGCGAGAUUGUCGAAUGAUGGGGAUAACGCGGAGGGUAUGCAGUGGUGGAAUGUUUUGUCAUCUGGUGCCAAUGGCCAACUGUGCUAUAGUUUGGGGGUAAGGCGUCUCGAGCCGAUGGGUGAACUGGGGAUCUAUGCUUGAUAUCCGGUUGAAGCAUCAUCACAUCGCAACGCCUCAUGACUCAACCGACAGUCUCGGCCCGUAACGGUGAUGGCAUCUUGCGGAGUCCAGUACAUAAUGAAAACGCCAAAGCCCAGGUUCUCCUCAAUCCCCGUUUGACGCCAUGAAUGCUUAUUUCGUGCAUCACGUAACCGUAUCACAAACAGCUCGGCUAGAUCCAUUAUUUCGUCUCCAGCAGCAGGCUUCAUCGAUGGUCGGUGCUCUCCGAUAAUGGAGAGAGUGAUUCAUUCACAAUAAAAACAGUCACAGUCGGAGAUGCGAGGUUGUCGUCGGCAGAAAGAGCCGCAUAUCCUUGUACGAAAUGGCCCGAUAGUUUAAAGCUCACCAGGCCAGUUGUAAGAGAGUAAGGCAGGGGAGGGCUGCCUUGUCUAGCUUGUCAGGCCACGAGCUGCAUGUAAGCCCCGAUCCAAGGCUUCGAUUUGUUCCGUGCAGAAUGUCAAGCCACCU